CUCUUAUAGUAAACAUCUGACAAAGCAUCUUGUGUUUUGGUUAAUUUACUGUUUUAUUUCAAGGAACUUCAGCUUUAAAAUGAAAAUUUCAAACUUUUUGGUACUUAUUGUGUUCCUUAUCAUUAUUGACUUUGCCAAUUCAGUCGGUUUUGUUCAUGAUGCAAAAAUUGAAGAUUGUUCGACUGGACAGUGCAUAGAAAUGUGUCAAUAUGAUAAUUUGAAGCUUCUGCCUGACACUGAAGAGGUCAAUGACGGGAAAUGUAGGAGAGUUAAGUGCAAUUCAGACUUUUCUGUCGUUAUUAAAUACUGCUCCCCAACAACAAACGAUAAAUGCAAGAAGUUGAAGGAUGGCACAAAGAAGAUUCCAUUUCCUUAUUGCUGUGAUGUUUGUCGUUAUAAUUCAUAA